AAAAACAAUUAAAAUAAGUGAUUGUAGCAACAAACAAAAAAUUAUAAUGCGAUAGCGUAUUACAGUGAGGAAAGCUACCUACUAUUGAAAAGGAAAGUGUGUGAAUGAGAAGAGAGGACCGAGAGGAGGACCAGAAGCAAUACAACAGGUCAAAAGAAGAAGAAGACCUCGGGACUGAACAGCUUGCCCCGUCCUUACCAGUGUUUCCAGGGUUAUUUCACGGCUUAAUCACCUGCCAUGGCCGCCAGCUAGGUGAUAACUGGUCAAGAUGUUUCGCUCAGUGUCCGAAAAGCUUCGGAAAUGGGACGCUUACCCCAAGACUCUGGAGGACUUCCAAGUGAAGACUUUUUCAGGAGGAGCAGUGACACUCGUGACUGUGAUCAUUAUGGGAAUGCUUUUCAUGUAUGAACUGCAUGACUAUCUCACUCCCAAGCUUGCAGAAGAUCUCUUUGUUGAUACUACAAGAGGAAGCAAACUGAAGAUCAAUAUAGAUGUUGUCUUUCCAAGCAUUCCCUGUAACAGGCUGAGCCUGGAUGCCAUGGACCUGAGUGGAGAGCAGCACAUCAACAUUCAUCACAACAUAUACAAGCGCAAGCUUGACAUGGAUGGAAGGCCAAUAGAUGACCCUGAGCGACAGGAACACAUCGGCCACGGGACCAAGGAGUCUGAUGCAGCAGCUGGCCAAGGCAACCAGACAAAGGCGCUGUCUGACUCACCUAAAUGUGGCAGUUGUUAUGGGGCCAACACAAAAGAGGACCAAUGUUGUAACACCUGUGAGGAGGUGAAGGAUGCAUACCGUACAAAGGGUUGGGCUGUGCAGUCCCUCAGGGAGAUUGAGCAAUGUGUAAGAGAGGGCCAGCUGGUUGAGAUCACUGAGCUUCCCAAUGAAGGCUGUCAGAUCUACGGCUACCUAGAAGUGAACAGGGUGGGUGGCAACUUUCAUCUUGCUCCUGGAAAGUCAUUCCAACAUAAUCACCUUCACAUUCAUGACGUUCAGCAGUUCCGCACCUCAGACUUUGACCUGACACACCGCAUCCGUCACUUAAGUUUUGGUGCCAAAAUACCUGGCAAGACAAACCCCAUUGAUGGCACUGAAUUCAAGACAGAAAAGGGGCCCAAGAGCAUCAACUAUUACCUAAAGAUUGUGCCGACAACUUAUGAGAAGAUUGAUGGUUCAACACUUUCCACCAACCAGUUUUCUGUUACACAACACCAAAAGAACAUUCUAGGAGCCAUGGAUGGGGGCUUACCAGGUGUUUUCUUCUCCUAUGAAUUAUCUCCAAUGAUGGUGAAAUAUACAGAACAACACAAGUCUCUUGGGCACUUCCUCACAGGCCUUUGUGCCAUUGUUGGAGGUGUGUUCAAUGUUGCAGGCUUCCUCUACAACUUUAUUGGGUUUGCCCACCAAAGGCUUCAACAGAAAAUUGAAAUUGGAAAAACUACCUAAAGAUGAGUGCACAUGUAUGACUAGACAAGGGAUGUUUCAGUAGAUAUGGUGUAACAUCUAAGUGAAGUGUUACCUGGCUUAUCUUUUUAGUAGUUAGAGUAUCUCCUAAAGUAUGGAUAAUUGUCAAAGGGAACUGUAUUUUAGACAGCUUUCAACAAAAACUUGAAGCACUCAUUUAUCUGCCAUUCUUCCUCCCUUCCACCUAUGAAGAUCAGUGUACUUUAGUAGCCAGAUAUGCUGGGUGACACUAGAGUUGAAGCCUGUGCUGGCAUGGGUAGAUAGGAUGUCCAAAGCUGUGAGUAACGUCUAGGGUUAUUGAAAUGGUGUAGCAGUCAUUUAUGUUGAGAGUAGAAACAUAACACAUUCCUAUCAUGUAUUCUUAUAAUUAUUAUGAGGGCAUUUAUGGAACCUCUUGCAUGUCCAGUGAUGGCAUCAGUCAGAGGAAGUUGUAUGAAGAUGUAUUUAUUUUGUGGUUUGCCAGGUGUGUGAAUGUAGCUGAAUUAUUUGCACUUUUUUUUUUUUUUUUUUUUUUUUUUUUUUACAUCUCUGCCUGUAGCGCCGGUAGGCAUUUUUCAGGGGCCAGGUGGUCGGCCCAAGCCCGUCAUGGCGCAGGCAAUUUUUAUAGUGCCGCCAGUUUUGCUGAUUUGAUUUGAUUGUCACAGCUACAGGGAAGGUUAGCUUUUGACAAAUCUCGGAUUCAAGUUUAAAUUACUUUUUGACCAAUUUAUCACCAUAUUUUUUUAUUCAGGAUUUGUCAGUAUCUGACAAUAAUAUUCACUGCCUGCCCCCUUAUGCAACACACACAUUGAUGUAUUACACUUACAUAUAAAAGUCAGUAGGCAUCCAUGAUGCUUCACUGCAUGGAGUUGUCAGGGGAACAAAAAAAUGAGGUUCUCAGUGGUCUGGAGAGUGAUAUUAAUCCAUGACUUGAAUAACUGCCUCCAGUUCAAAGAGUUCACAUCCUGUCCUUGAAGAUUAUUCUUUAUGAUUAUGGUGCCAGAGGCUUUCAGUGAGAUUGGGGUCUUAGCUCUUAUAUUGCCAAUCCCUUUUGAAGGGUACCUGGCAGUCCUCAAGUCAGUUGGGGAUGGAUUUGGCAGUAUGAGCAGGUGCACUGUCCUGCUGAAGCAUUCUGACACCUGAGAGUUCAGAGACUCAUGCAAAUGGUCACACAGGAGCUUGAGAUACAUGCCCCAAUUAACUUUUUUUUAGUUUUUGGGAAGGACCCAACUCCUUACCAGAUUAACAACCCUAUGCCAAAUGUGAAUCAGGAUGUUUAACUAUGGGUUCCCGGUAGCAUGAUUGAGAGGAUCACUGCUUACAUUCCAGUACUCUGCAUUUCCUUGGUUAAAGGUCACAUUAAUGGUUGCCUCAUCUGACCAUAAUACACUCAGCCAGUCUCCCUCAUCCUAGGUCAGAUAUGCACUGGCAUAGGUGACCUUACAAGCCUUCUGCACACGCUGGUUGAAGGUUGCACUGAAAUUUGGUCAUCUCCAAAUUUUUAAACAUUAAACUAUUUGUAAUUCAUAGUGACAUCCAUUAAGUAUAGGAUUGCUGACCAUGCACAAACAUUGUACCAGGUCAUUCAUGUCCAGAUUAAACUUAUAAGUCCCACCCAAGAUGGUCACCACUAGAUUUAUGUAUCAAGUUAUUAAAAGUUUGUAAAUCUGUACCAUAAUGUUUAAUUACAUAAUUUCUCAUAUUGUACAGCAUAUUACAGGUAUGCAUUAUAUGUUUACCUUUGUCUUGCAAAUAUGAGUUUUCCCAUUUUCUGCCCAGUAUUUGUUCUCUUGAGAAAAGAUUAAAGCUUCAAUACCAGGGAUUAACUUGUGUCCAGUUAAUAUUCUUAUUAUGUCUUUUUAGUUUCUUCUUUUGCACACUAAGAAGUAGGGAGUCUGUGUAAGGUAGCACUGUUGUUUUCUUGGGCAAUGCAUUUUUGUAGACCAAGUAGACAUAUUUUGGUAAUUAAAAGAGUAUUUGUGA